CGCAGCACGACUCUUAGCCGCGGCUCGUCCCGGUGCCCAUCCCGCGAAACGGAGCGCGCGGGCAACCAGCCUCCUCUCCAGCCGCGAUGCCGAACGUGCAGCUGCCGCCAAAGGAGAGCAACCUCUUCAAACGCAUCUUGAAAUGUUAUGAACAGAAGCAAUACAAAAAUGGCCUCAAGUUUUGCAAGUUGAUUCUUUCAAAUCCAAAAUUUGCUGAACAUGGAGAGACUUUGGCUAUGAAAGGAUUAACAUUGAACUGUUUAGGAAAAAAAGAAGAGGCGUAUGAAUUUGUUCGUAAAGGACUUCGUAAUGAUGUCAAGAGUCAUGUCUGUUGGCAUGUAUAUGGACUCUUGCAGCGUUCUGAUAAGAAGUAUGAUGAAGCUAUUAAGUGUUACCGAAAUGCCCUCAAAUUAGAUAAAGAUAAUCUGCAAAUUUUGAGGGAUCUCUCUCUGUUACAGAUCCAAAUGAGAGACCUUGAAGGUUAUCGAGAGACGAGAUAUCAGCUUCUUCAGUUGCGCCCAACACAACGUGCAUCCUGGAUUGGAUAUGCUAUUGCAUACCACUUACUGAAAGAUUAUGACAUGGCACUAAAACUAUUGGAAGAAUUUAGACAAACUCAGCAAGUUUCUCCCAACAAAAUAGACUAUGAAUAUAGUGAACUGAUACUGUACCAGAAUCAAGUGAUGAGGGAGGCAGAUCUAUUUCAGGAAUCUUUGGAACAUAUAGAAACUUAUGAGAAACAGAUAUGUGAUAAACUUUUGGUGGAAGAAAUUAAAGGGGAAAUGCUGUUGAAAUUGGGACGAUUAAAAGAAGCGAGCGAAGUAUUCAAAAACUUGAUUGAUCGGAAUGCAGAAAAUUGGUGUUACUAUGAAGGCUUGGAAAAAGCUCUACAACUUAGCACUUUAGAAGAGAGGCUUCAAAUUUAUGAAGAAAUUAGUAAGCAGCACCCCAGAGCAAUUUCACCUAGAAGAUUACCUUUGAAUCUUGUCCCAGGUGAAAAAUUUAGAGAACUAAUGGAUAAGUUCCUGAGGGUUAACUUCAGUAAAGGCUGCCCACCCUUGUUUACUACUUUGAAAUCUUUAUAUUACAAUACAGAAAAGAUUUCUAUAAUCCAGGAGCUUGUUACUAAUUAUGAAGCCUCUCUGAAAACGUGUGACUUUUUUAGCCCUUAUGAGAAUGGGGAGACAGAACCCCCAACGACACUACUCUGGGUUCAGUAUUUCCUGGCACAGCACUUCGAUAAACUUGGGCAGUAUUCUUUGGCUUUGGAUUAUAUUAAUGCUGCAAUUGCUAGUACUCCAACUCUAAUAGAAUUAUUCUAUAUGAAAGCAAAAAUUUACAAGCAUAUAGGUAAUCUCAGAGAAGCUGCCAAGUGGAUGGAUGAAGCUCAGUCUUUAGACACAGCCGAUAGAUUCAUCAACUCCAAAUGUGCAAAGUAUAUGCUUCGAGCAAAUAUGAUAAAAGAAGCAGAGGAAAUGUGCUCCAAGUUCACAAGGGAAGGAACAUCUGCCAUGGAAAAUCUAAAUGAAAUGCAGUGUAUGUGGUUUCAAACAGAAUGCAUUUCAGCUUAUCAGCGUUUGGGAAGAUAUGGGGAUGCUUUGAAAAAAUGCCAUGAAGUAGAAAGGCAUUUUUUUGAGAUAACCGACGAUCAAUUUGACUUCCAUACUUACUGCAUGAGAAAGAUGACCCUUCGUGCCUACGUUGACCUUUUGAGAUUAGAAGAUAUACUCAGGAGACAUGCCUUCUAUUUCAAGGCCGCUAGAUCAGCUAUUGAAAUAUAUUUGAAAUUGUAUGAUAAUCCCUUGACCAAUGAAAGCAAACAACAAGAAAUAAAUUCAGAAAACCUGUCAGCCAAAGAAUUGAAGAAAAUGCUUAGCAAGCAGAGAAGAGCUCAAAAAAAGGCUAAAUUAGAAGAAGAGAAAAAGCAUGUGGAAAGGGAACGUCAACAAAAAAAUCAAAAGAAAAAACGGGAUGAAGAAGAAGAAGAAACUAGUGGUCUCAGAGAAGAACUUACACCUGAAAAAUUAGAAAGGAUAGAAAAUCCAUUAGAAGAAGCUAUCAAGUUUCUUAUACCUCUUAAGAACCUUGUUGCUGAUAACAUUGACACUCAUCUAUUAGCAUUUGAAAUAUAUUUUAGAAAAGGAAAGUUUCUGUUAAUGCUGCAGUCUGUCAAACGAGCUUUUGCCAUCAACAGGAAUAACCCAUGGUUACAUGAAUGUUUAAUUAAAUUUUCUAAAUCUGUGUCUAAUCAUAGUAAUCUUCCAGACGUUGUGAGCAAAGUUCUGUCUCAAGAAAUGCAGAAAAUAUUUGUUAACAAGGAUUUGGAAAGUUUUAAUGAGGAUUUUCUCAAACAUAAUGCUACCUCUCUUCAGCAUCUACUUUCAGGUGCUAAAAUGAUGUAUUUUCUGGACAAGUCAAGGCAAGAGAAAGCAAUUGCUAUUGCCACUAGACUGGAUGAAACCAUAAAAGAUAAAAAUGUAAAGGGAUGUCAGUGACCCAGAAGGAGCCUAAGUGAAAUUGAAGGCGGAGAGAAAAGGAUCUUGUCUAUCUGUCUUGAUACAGAGAUCUGGCUUUAGAAGAAAAAUCAAAGAUGGAAUCAGCAAGGGCUAGUACGUUAGAACUGGGCGGGUAAGUGCACUCUGAUGCUGUGGCCAGGGCUCCGGAGACCAAGUCUUUAUUUUAGCAGCAAUUUGACCAUGCAUCCCUCCAUCUGUUUAUUAAUCUAUCUAUUCAUCAUCCAUCCAAUCAGGGUCUUCAGUUGAACAAAGUAAUUUAAACUUGAAAUACUUUGGGAGCAACAAAUACCUCUUAAAUACAUUUUAAAUAUAAUUUGGUACAUCCGACUACAUGAUAAUCAAUUAGGCAAUUUUAAAAUUCUUUAUUAUGGAAAUUUUCAAAUAUACAAAAAAGUAGAAUAGGAUUAAAAAAACCCAUGUACCCAUCACCCAGGUUCAACUGAGUGAAAUGAAUUGGGGAAGGGUUGAGAAAAGGGGUCCAUGUCCACUUGACUUGGCCCCAGCGGCUGCCAUUAUGAUUUCAUCUGUUCCUCUAUCUCCCCCAACCCAUUUAUGGAACAGUAUGAUUCUAGUAAUGCUGUCCUUUCUCUGGUUUUUCUCUCCUCUAUAACCACCAUACCAUUGCCACCUCACAUGAAAUGUUUUGAGAUUAAAGUUUCUACAACACAGGAAAGAAUGAGAUAAUGUCAUUUGCAGCAACAUGGAUGGACCUAGAGAUUAUCAUACUAAGCGACAAAACAGACUCACAGACAUAGAUAACAGUCUCAUGGUUACCAAAGGGGAAGUGGAGGGGGAGGGAUAGAUUAGGAGUUUGGGAUUAACAGAUACAUUAUAUAUAAAAUAGAUAAACAACAAAAACUGUAUAGCACAGGGAACUAUAUUCAAUAUCUUGUAAUAACCUCUAGUGGAAAAGAAUCUGAAAAAUAUAUAUAUAUAUCUCCUUCCCCUGAACUCAGACUAGAUAUAUGUAACUAAAUCACUUUGCUGUACACCUGAAACUAACACAACAUUGUAAAUCAACUAUAGCUCAAAAAAACCCAAAAAGCAAAACGCUUACACAAUACAGGAGAGAACAGUAAACUUUAAAAGGCCACAUGCUUCCAAAGGGAUUUGUCAGAGGCAAUCGUGUAAGGGUACCUACCUUCAUGGAUGUAAACUGUACAACAGGAUGGUUACAACUGUACACUUUCCAGUCGAGGCUCCAGAAAGACGAGCAGGUAGGAGUUUCUCCUGAGUGUUCUCAGCCCCCAGGUUUUUCUGACCAGUUUUAAACCGCUCUGGUGAGCAUGUCGUCUACCUCCAUCAACAGCUUCUCUGGUCUGUCGGUACCUUUCUUAAUUAACAACUGCCAACUAGGAGAGUAUAUAGGCUCAAGGCUAGGGUCAGGAUUUCAUCUGCCAACCUGAAUCGGAAAUACAGGACCUAAUGGGGGGUGGGAUGGAAUUGAUUGUUUUAAAGAAAGAACACCAAGUUUCUGAUAUCUGUUUCCAUUCUGGCUUCUCCCCCUCAGGCUCACCCUCCGCCCCACUGUGCAUCUUAGCUCUCCAGCCUCUCCACCCAUUGGUCUUCUGGAAUAUAUGCUUUCUUUCCUUCUCCGGCCACUAUUUCUCCAUCCUUCCCCUGGACUCAGAUUAGAUGUCACACCUUGGGACCCCCUCCUGUGUGGUUCAUCUCCCCGCCUGGGCAGAGAGGUUCUAGGUAUGGGAUCCUGUAUCCCCUGUCUCAUCUGUACCCCACCUUGCCUGGCGCAGUCCAGAGGGAAGGGCUCAGUAACUCUUCAUGGCAGGAAAGAGCUUGUGGUUUUUCAGGAACUGGUUAUUCUCAGCUGGGAUUUUCCAGCCCUCCUUUCUGCAGCCCACAGGUAGCCUGGGUACCUUGUUUCUGCUUCUUAGUAUUUGUCACCAGCGUUUGGGAAGAGGAUGCGAGCGGCACAGACCGUGGAUGCUGCUACUGUCUUUAGGAAGGUUGAAUUUUUGGCAGUGUGUUUUUUUUAUAGUAAUUUCUUAUAUUUAUUUUUUAUUGAGAGAGAACACAAAUUUUAAGGGUGCAAUAUGAUGGAUACACAUGCACACACACGUAUACAUACAUACACACACGUGUGUGUGUGUGUGUCUAACCACCAGUCAGGUCAAGAUAUAGAACAUUUUCUUUUUAAUGUCUUGUUAAAUGCCAUCAUAUAUUUAGACUUUUUUCACAACAUGAAAAUCAGUUAACAAAAUCUGACUAAAUAGUUGAUAUUUGUGACCUGGAGGAUUACACUCCGAAGACUUUUAUUCAUACGUUCGUUUGUAAUUACCUUCAUUGGCCAGCCUCUAGAAUGGACUUUUAACGUUAAUUAAGGAGUUUGCCAUUUCAAAGCUAAAUAGUUUCUGUUGACAGUGUGUUUGGAUUCUCCAUGUUUUUAGCUUUUUUCUCCUGUCAUUCAUAAAACCAAAUUCCCCGAGCCUUGAGAGGACCUUGGGAGCGGUUGUCAGAGGAUGUGUCUUCAGGAAUGGAAAAUUCACCAAGGCCAGUCUGUCAAAACAGAAGUGACAGAAGCCAUAGGGACCCAAGGCAGGUCUAUGAGAGCAGUCCCCCAACUGUGUGCAAUGGAAUCUCCUCUCCAGAGAGAUUCCAAUGUCACUAGCAUCCCACAUUUUGGGAAACCCUGCUUGGGUAUUGGAUUCUCUGUUUUUCUGGAAGUGGCGAGAGGGCACUCACAUUUCUUUAUGCCUACCCUCUGUUCAACUGCCUUCCAUAUACCUCAAUAUUAAAUCCUCAGACCACCCUUUCGGAAGGGACAGCUGAGCAAACAGUGUUCUGAAAGGCUGAGUAACUUGCCCAGAAUCAGGUGAUAAGUGAUGAGCCUGCCAUCAAAUCCACAGUGGGCUCCCCUGUCAGCCCAGGUUCUUUCCAUUACUGUUGAUGCUAGUGAUACAGAGAAGGGUUUCCCACUGGGCGGGACCCACGCUUAGGGGGCAUAGGGAAUUCCCUAUUUGUUCACUCAUCAGGACGCCCUGAUUCACCCCAAAUCACUCAGUGAGACAAAUGUUUCCUUUUUAAUUCCAUCUUUUUAUCCUAACUUGGAACAUCUCCAUUUGGUGCUGGUAUAUCCCUAAUAACUCUCUAAUACUCACUGAUUUCCCUUUUUAUUGAUAACAAAAAAAGGAGGCCUUUAGCAGUUAUCUGUAUCUCUAACAUUUUAUAGGGUUGUUUUGUUUUCUUAGUAUUUAUAUUUAUGUUCCCCUCCCUCUUUAUAUGGCAAAUAAUAGUAGCUUUACACUUACGGUAGUGCUAUAACCUUUUCUUUUAAAAUAAUUUGUUUAGUUUCCUGAAAUCAAUUCAUCAAAAAAUGAAUUGAUUUCAGGAAAAGUUAGGUAAUAAAAGCAAAAGUUCAAGUGCUGGGUCAACUAGGUAGCCACAUGCAAAAGAAUGAUGUUAAAUCCCUUCCUCACACCACACACAAAAAUUAAAUCAAAAUUAGACACAUCUAUUUGAGCUAAAAUUAUGAAACUCUUAGAAGAAAACAUAGAAGUAAAUUUUGAAACCUUAGAUUAGGCGAUUUUUUUUAGAUCUGAAGCCAAAAACAUAAGCAAUAAAAGAAAAAUAACGAAUAAAUUAGAUUUCAGCAAAAGUAAAAAGUUUUGUGCUACAAAUGACACCAUCAAGAAAAUGAAGAGACAACCCACAGAAUGGGAGACAAUAUUUGCAAAUUAUAUAUCAAAUGUGGGACCUGUAUUCCAAAUAUAUAGAGAACUCAUAACUUAAUAAUAAAAAGAGAAAUAACCCAGUUAACAAAUGGGCAAAGGAUCUGAAUAAAUAUUUCUCCAAGGAAUAUAUACAAAAGACCAAUCAACAAGCAUAUGAAAAGAGGUCUGAUAUCAUCAGUCAUCAGGAAAAUGGAAAUGAGAUACUACUUCACAACUGCUAGAAAGGCUAUAUUGAAAAAGACAGAUAAUGACAAGUAUUAGCAAAGUUGUGGAGAAACUGGAACCCUCAUACAUUGCUGGUUAGACUAUAAAAUGGUAUAGCUGCUUCGGAAAACGUUUUGGCAGUUCCUCAAAAUGUAAAACAUAGAGUUGUUGUUUAGUUCAGUAAUUUCACUCCUAGAUAAAUGAAAACAUGUGUCCACACAAAAAUUUGUACAUGAAUGUUCGUAACAGCAUCAUGAUAACUAAAAAAUGGCAUCAGCACAAAUUUCCAUCACCCAGUGCACGUAUAAAUAAAACGUAGUUGUGAUGGUUGAUUUGAUAUGGUUACGUGGCCGGGCCAUUGUACCCAGAUAUUUGAUCAAAGAUUAUUCUGGAUGUUUCUGUGUAGGUAUUUUGGGGAUGAGAUUAACAUUAAAUUUAUAGACUUUGGGUAAAGCAGAUUAUGCUCCAUAAUGAGGGUGGACCUCAUCCAAUCCAUUGAAAGCCCAAAGAGGAUAAAAGACGGACCUCCCCUGAGCAAGAAGGAAUUCUGCCCACAGACUGCCUUUGGACUUGAACUGCAGCUCUUUCCUGGGGCUACAGCCUGUUAGCCUACUCCAUGAGAUUUUGGACUUGCCAAGCUUCCAGAAUCAUAUGAGCCAACUGCUUGAAAAUAAAUCUCUCUCAGGUGUGGAGAAAAGAGAACCCUCCUUCACUGUUGGUGGGAAUGUAAAUUGGUACAGCCACUAUGGAGAACAGUAUGGAGGUUCCUUAAAAAACUAAAUAUAGAGCUACCAUAUGAUCCAGCAAUCCCACUCCUGGACAUGUAUUUGGAGAAAACCAUGGUUCAAAAGGGUACAUGCACCCCAAUGAUCAUUGCAGCACUGUUUACAAUAGCCAAGACAUGGAAGCAACCUAAAUGUCCAUCGACAGAUGAAUGGGUAAAGAGGAUAUGGUGCAUAUAUACAAUAGAAUAUUACUUAGCCAUUAAAAGAAUGAAAUAAUGCCAUUUGCAGCAACAUGGAUGGACGUGGAGAUUACCAUACUAAGUGAAGUAAGUCAGACAGAGAAAGACAAAUAUCAUAUGAUAUCGCUUAUAUGUGGAAUCUAAAAAAAAUGAUACAAA